AUGGCGAGGGAUAAGAAGAGAAGUUGCAGCAGCUCUUUCUUGUCCUUCUCCUCCCCGAAAGGUACUGAAUCAAUUUCGACGAUGGCGACAUUUGGAAUGGCAGCAAAUUUUAUGGUCUUCUUGAAGAAAGCUGCUAGAGAAGUGGACAAUGAACUAAAAGAUGAUGGAUCUUGUACAACUCCAUCGAGGCUAUGUAGCAUUCAACAAGUUGAAGAGGUAAUACAUGUUAUGAAAAUCCUCCCCAGUAUUUGUUUCCGGUGUCAUCUGCUUGCUGGCCUGGCCCUUGCCCAAGAACCAACUGUUGUAGUAGUACUCGUAUCACAAGCCAUGAAAAUGGAUCGUCACGUUGGACUGAAUUUCGGAAUUCCUGCUGCAUCGGCGAAAAUGAUGUCAAUUAUGACGCUCUUGAUUUCCCUCACGUUGUGCGACCGUGUCUUGCAACGAGCCCUAACAAAGUUCACUAAAUGUGAAGGUGGGAUACCACAUUUAGUGAGCAACAAAGGAGAGCUUUGGCUACAUCACAAUGCUUCAUCGAACGGGGUUGUAGCCACGUCGGUUUUUUGGCUAUUUCCCCAGCAAAUGUUGCUCGAUUUGUGA